AUGGCGGCCCUGGCAGCGUCCCAGAAAGCAGACAAAGAGGCGCAGCGGCAAAGGGAGCGCGAGCUCGCCUCCGUCAAGGUGGCCCCCGCCGACAUUGACCUGCUGGCCGCAGAGGCUGAGGUGGACAAGAAGGCGGCGGAGCGGCGGCUGCGGGAGUGCGGCGGCAGCCUGGUGGAGGCCCUCAAAUCGUACCUGUAA